AUGAGAGAUUCGAUAAAAUGCUUUCAUCAUGACGAGGUCUCGAAUACAAUGGAAUCAUGUACUGUGGACGAUAAUCAAAUCCAGUCGUCCCAUCCUUCCACGUGGAGGUCUAGAAUCCGAGCUGCCACUGAUAGCUUCGCCUAUCCACUGCCUCCUUCGAGUGCGUCAACCGAAACGCCACAUUCCGGAGUUUACAUGCCGUCGGGUCCAUUCGACAGGGUUUCAGGUCAUCCUACAUCACAUUAUCGACCCGAGGCACCAUCAAACCCUGCAUCCAAUCUUCACACGUCACAUUAUCGUCCCCAGGGACUAUCGACCCUUACUUCCAAUCAUUCCCAGAUACCAUCGAACCCUUUCGAGGAUCCCCAAUAUGUAAUUGGCGUAACCGUACCGAAAAGACGGCCAAUGCGCGAAUGGCAGGAUGUCCUGGAAGACCAGCGCUCUGAUGCGUCUGCGCAUGCAGUGAAGCUGAGAUAUGGCAAGGUCUACCUCAGACGCCAACGAAGUCGCGUCCAGGCUGUGUUCACAAGCGCCAAGAAGACUGACUGCGAAAGCCAGCAGCGAGCUGCAUCAACUUUGCUCAAGGGGCAAGGUACACACCUUGGGCGUGACACUAUGCGAGGACUACAAUGUCCAGACUGUCGGCGGGAGAUGGAGGCCAGGUCGCUUGCGAGGUGA